AUGACCAUCGUGGAGAAGGAAGUGGCAGGAGCAGUGUUUGUGGCUGUGCCUCGUCUACUGCCCACCACUGACCUGGUGGAACCUGCCCCUUCUGGCCAGUGUACUUCUCUGGGCACCAUGUCCAAGCCCCACCCGGGCGGCGGCUCCAGCGAAGCAGCGACUCUGCUUCCUCCCCGAGGCAGCACUACCUCUGCCGCUGUGCCCGACGGGGGGCUCACGGGCACCUCUACUGGGCCCAGGGAUGAGCGGCGCAUCUGGGCUGCUGAAUCCUUGGUAGACAGCAGCCGUUAA